CCGUCGAUACCUUGACCUAGCUACUGUGUUGCGUAUUGCUUCGCACUUCGUACUGUGCGUCUCAAGUAAAUACGACAAUUUGCGUGUGUGUGUUUGUUUAGUGUGGUCAGGGUAUACCGGAUAACGUGACGUCACCUUCCACCUGCUCAUGUAAUGGAUGUAUCUGUCGUCGUCCACAAACAAAUGGACCUUAUUAAACGGAAUUAAAUUUUUUUCGAGAGAGUUUCUGCCAAUUCCAGUAAUCCAUAUCCAUUCCAGGCAAAAAUCCUCAACUGAAGCACUCAACAGCUCCAUCCUCCUGCUGACAUCAAGAUGCAGUGGAAAAGGUCAAGAUACAACUGUAAAGUUUUACUCUUCCUCACCGUCCUCCGGGGUGCCGAUUGUUUCAAGGCUCUUUUCUUGUUUCCGUUCCCCGGAAAAAGUCAUUUCGGAGCCCUGAGUGUUCUCGCUGAAGAGCUCGCUCGCAAAGGUCAUGACGUCACGGUUCUGACGCAUUUCCCGAAUAAGGAGGCCAGUUACAAGGAAAUUGUCUUGGACACCAAACCGUUCGAUGAUUUUAUGAAGCAAGACGUGAAUGUGACAGAGAUGGGGACACUGAACCCUCUUAUGAUGCGAGCUAUCCUCUUCCCUAUUUUCAACACCGUCGCUGAAUUGUUGUACGCUUCGGAACCGUUCCGCGAGCUAAUUGCGUCGAAGGAGCGUUAUGACGUUGUCUUGGGGGAAGUUACGUUCUUUAUGCCGUGCAUUCUUGCUUUCGGCCACAAGUUCUCUGCUCCUGUCAUAGACCUAUCCGCUGCUUCCGUUAUGAUUAGCAUCGCCAGUAACAUGGGUGCCCCGUUCUCAUUCUCUUACAUUCCUGAUGGAAUGCUACCUUUGAGCGACUCCAUGAGCUUCAUGGAAAGGCUGGAAAACACCGUGGUUGGUUUGUGGGAACUGGCAGGAUACCAUUGGUACUUCCUGCCAGCCCAGGAGAAGAUGCUGCGGAAGCACUUCGUCUAUCCAGGAUCAGAAAACAUGCCUCCGCUACGGGAAAUGGCCAAGAACGUGUCUCUACUCUUGCUCAAUAGUCAUUUUUCCAUCGGAUACCCGCGACCCUACCCACCGAACAUGAUCGACGUCGCUGGAAUGCAUUUGAAACCGAUCAAAAAACUGCCCAAGAACUUGCAAGAUUUUAUGGAUGGAGCCAAGAAUGGUGUGAUUUACGUAAGUUUCGGCACCGUUAUCAAAGAAGACAUGCUCGGAGAGGCUCGGUUACUUGCAAUCGUUGAUGCUCUUUCAAGACUCAAACAGCGUGUCAUUAUCAAAUGGAAGGACCCGGAACCUUUUAAGGAUGCCAAAAAUGUCCUGACAUUGCCAUUUGCCCCGCAACAAGAAAUAUUAGCACAUCCAAAUUUGGUUCUGUUCGUGACCCACGGAGGGUACAACAGCCUGAUCGAGGCGGCCCAAGCGGGUGUCCCUGUGCUGGGCAUCCCUGUGGUCGCCGAUCAGUUCCGCAAUAUCCGUCUCUACGAGACGUACGGCAUGGGCAUAGGCUUUCUUCUGAGUGAGCUAUCGGGUGACCAUCUCUACAAAUCUAUACUCCAUAUGAUUAACACACCCUCCUACAAAGAGAACGCAAAGAAGGUUUCCUGGCGGACAAGAGAUCGACCCCUCAGUCCUCUGGACACGGCCGUCUACUGGGUGGAAUACGUGGUCCGACACAAUGGGGCCCCCCAUCUGAGGCCAGCUUCUGUCAAGUUAUCUUUCUACCAAUACCUCCUACUGGAUGUGAUCGCUUUCAUUGCCCUCGUCCUUUUCUUGAUUUAUAAAUUGAUUCGCAUUGUAUGUUGCUCAAAAUCAAGAUCUCACUCAACGAUAAAACACACUGCCAAGAAAACUAAUUGAGAAGAUAGUUCUUGUUUUUCAAAAUGACGUGAGAAUUUUUCAGGAAAAGCAGUGAUGUGAAAGAUGGAAACAUUUUGAAAGGUGCACCAUGACACACAAAAAUAAAACAAAAUAUAGAUAAAUGGACUGCGUUAAACAGAAAGGAACCAAGCCACAUCAGCUAUUGCCAAAUUUAAUCGGGCAAUUUAAUUUUUUACAAGAAAACAGUGGAUUUUCGUGCAAAUUUCAGUGGAUUUUCUACAUAGUAUACGAAGCAAAUGCCUCAACAUAUUUAAAGGAAUCCAUACACACGUUCUCUCGUAAAAAAUUAAAUUGCCCAGUUAAAUUUGGCAAUAGCUGAUGUGGCUUGGUUCCUUUCUGUUAAACGCGGUCCAAAGGUAAAAUAAUAGAUUUAUGUUAAAAAGUAGAUGUAAUUGGAACACACCGUACAAAUAUAUUAAGGAUAUUCUAGAAAUUAAGAACAAACGGCAAUUCUGCAGGUUGGGUUUCUUGGAUGUCAGGUGGAGCACCCCCGAAGGUUUUGUUCCCGAAAAAACACGUAUCACAUUGCUGAAAUUCGUGCCCCGUUGCCUGGAUCUAUAAUUUGCCUUCAAUUGGCCGGCUAUGCAAAAUGACUGUCGUGACGCACUAAUAGUGGUAUCCGAAUUUCGCAUUAAGAUUACAUAGUGGGUUGAAGGCGCUCUUCUGUAUCGUAUCUGAGUGGCCCUGUACUACAACGAUGUUGACCCGAAAUGUUCAGAAUUUUGGAAUCUUCAAUCGAGCCGGAAUUUUGAAAAAUGACUGAAGAACAUUAUUGCAUUUUCCAAGAUUUUUUUCUUUUUUUUUCUGUAAUUCUUAUUUUAAAAAAGAGGAUCUAAACGAUCGGUUGAGAUUUUGAUUUAAGUCUUCUGGCUAUGGUCAUCGCACUAUUAUGAAAGACUGAGAGAGUCGUCGUUUACAAGAUCGCAACUUACUCAAAUGCUUGAUCUGGCCAUAUGUGAUCAAACUGAAGCUUAUCUGAUAAGAAAUCGUAAGCGUGAAACUCUUUUUUCAGUCUUCAAAUGAUCCAAAUCCGCUACCAACAGGUUUAAAACACUAAUUGCAGAAAUGCGUAUCUCGUGAUGAAGUGUCAAUUUUUAGUGCCGAAAACGCGAAUCUCGGCAUUUCUGCCGUAUUUACUAACAGUUCAAAAAAUUAUUGGAAAUGUUAAUGGAGUCUGAAAAAGAAUCUUACUCUUGUUAGCCUCAAGAAUUAUUAUACCUCUUCUAUCAAUAAAGAGGAAUGUAGACAGUUUUUUUUUACUCUUCUGGAAAAUCGUGUUUUCCGAGUUACGCACUUCUGCACUUUCGCCAUCGACGUACCAAUCAUCUUCUUUGGCAAAUAAGGAAAGAAAAGUCAUUGGGGUUGCGAAGGUGAAGUAAGUAGUCAAAUGCAAAAAAUUGAGUCAAUAACUACAUGUUUUGAGUUUUCAAAUGACUCAUUUUGGAACAGUCUUAAAUUUUUCAUUGAGUGCAUUUUAAAAAAUCGGGCACUCUUUUUUUCCUGCUACACUGAAAAUGUUCAUAUGUUGCAAAAAUGCACUCCUAUACAACCAACCCAAAAAAAAUUGGAUUGCGGAGCAUUGACUUCAUGCAAAUACUUUGAAACUCACUCGAGUGUAAGUUACACUGUUCCAUUAUUUGAUUUUGCGUAUAAGAAAAUUGGUAACGAUUCAGAUGUUAGGUAAGAUAGUAUGACUCCUUAAGCGACAAGUGUAAAAACUAGAAAUCCUUACUUUAAUUGUAAGCCAUGAGAAUAUAAUUUUCCAUGACAGUUUGGUAAACUUUUCAUUUUAAAUUUUCA